UCAAAGUCCGCAGACGCGUUUGCGACGAGCCAACGUUCGCGCGGAAGUUGGCGCCUUUCGUGACUCCGGUUUACGAAUUCGUGUCGUGUGUAAUUGUAUCGUGAAUCAUCCACGAUGCCGCGGAUUCUUGACGAUCGAACGACUCGCGUGUGGCGCAACAACGGACGUUGUCUUUGACGACGGUUUCAUCAAGGGAGAAGCAUCGCCGACCGCGAAAACGGCGGGAUUGUCCGAGACAACGGCGCCGAUCUUCGUCGUCAUCGUCGCCGUCGCCAUGGCCUACGUGCUCUGGCGAGUGUUUAUGAAGAAGUACUCCAAGGUGCGGCUGGGCAUCAGAAAUCUGCCAGUGAUACCGGCAGAUCGCCGGCCGCCGGAGAAAGAAGAGACAUGGACUCUGACUGCUGAUCAGCAGGAUUCGUGCGUCUGUUUUGACGGUGCCGUCGAUUCCAAGGUGAAAGAGGCGCACAAUUCCGAGAAAACACAAUUGAAAACGCCUGCGGAAGUAAUAUCAGUGGAUGCGAGUGAUAACGUGGACAACACUUUGCCACGCAGCCAGGAGACCAGGAAAAGUAAGACUAAGAAAGUGAAGAGCUAUCUGAAGAAGUGCAAGGGCGCGCUGUCGAAAGGUGAUGAGAGCGUCACAGACAAGAGACGCCACGAGAACUGCACUUCAUGGUACUUGGACGACGUUUCAACUUGCGCGAGUCAGCAAGAGGAUCACGACGAACCUUCGGAGAAAUACACGGAAUUCCCUGAAGAGAGACUCGAAGAGGCGGUCCGCGAUGUGGAGUCUGUCGAAGAUCCUGUGCCUGAAACGCUCGAAGAGAAUUUCUUGAGGGGCGAGAACUUCGAGGAAACUCCGCAUGAUGCUCUCACCAGACUAUUGGAAGAGGAUCAUAGGGCUGAUCUUAGCAGAAGCAGAACGUCUUUGUAUGAGGAUGCCAAAGAUGCAAAUCCAGAACAACUUGUCUCGGACGAGAAAACUCUGACGAAGGAAUCAGAGCUUUUCCGUGAUGAAGAAAAAAAAGACGCGGCGAUCUCACUCGAGACAUUAACGACGGAAGACACGAAUCUGAAUAAGUGCGAUUCGAACGAUACAUUGAUAGCAGAAGUUCCGGAAGCAAACGAAACCGCGACAGAUCUUAACUCGGAAUUAACGAUUAUUGUGAAGGAAGAAGAAGACGCACCGAAAGAUCCUGUGGACGAGGAGAUACUGGUUCCUGCAUGCUGUGGGAAUCGUGGGGACUUCGCUUCUCUGGUCCGGAAUUUGCUCGGUCCAAUUUACGGCGACAGUGUUAUGAAUUUACUGAUAAGACAAGCACGGGAUAUCCUAGUUUGCGCUUAUCACGGCAACUUGGAGAACUUCGUCCGGACUUAUCUCUCACCUGCUGCAGUCCUUCUAGCGGAAGUCAAGAAUGUCGCCUCCGAAACGGGAAACGAGGCGGUGGUGCCUGAAGGCUGGCCUCUGACGUUAGGCGGCAACGGCCUGAUCCUGCAGCUGGGUGAGCUCGAGGCGUCUGCAUUGCGUCUUGGGGAAUGUUACCUUUGCGUACGCAGCGCGGCUGUUGCAACUGCAACUGCAACUGCAACCACCUCGUCGGUCAGCGGCGCCACGACCGCCGGUGAAGCCGUCGAGCAAAAUACCGUUGAGAUAGCAGUAGUCUGGCGAACUACGUCGAUGAGGGCCCCGGGGAUUUUGGGUUGGGACCGUGAAGACGAGUUUAUGGACUGGCGGGACCUGACAAACAAGGGUCAGCCAAGCUCGUCGAAUACGGCGAGCGCAAAUCUCAGCGGAGCGCAGCCCUCGAGCGUGAUGAAAACCACCGGUCGUCUGCGGCGAAGAUCGCGCGAGGACGCGCGUCCGAGGACACGCGAGAUUAACAGAACUAACAGCGCUGAACAUCGUCGGGAGGAGGCCAGGUCGAUCGACAGGCUGGAACACCAAUUCUGUCGUGAGAAUCACACGAUCGGCGAGUCCGGUCAUACUGCCACAGUGAUGAAGUCCAGGUCCGCGUCCAGUGUCAAUACUUGGAAGGACGACCUCAACGGCGACGAGGACGAACUAGAUCGAAGCACGAGUUGCAGAGCGUGUUCCAAGAAUUCCUCUAGUCCCAUCGGCGGCGACGAGAGUCGCGCCAAAGUGAAGCGAUGCACCAAGGUGGUCUCCCCCACAACAAUGGAAAAAUGGAAGGAGAGCAGUAGGUGCGAAAUACGUAGCAGGUCUAUCGCAUCGGAAGAUCUGAAAAGUCCUCUGCAAUUCGAGGAAAGCGUUUUGCGGCGAAACGAUAUCGUCGAUGAUUCACCAAAAGAUCUCGAGGACAGAUUGCGGAACGCGGGUGGUCCAGACGAUAUUAGCGACGAGGAUCUGCCGGCAUACAUAGGCAGUUUGCUUGUCACCGUCGAGAGAAAAAUCGAAAGGGUCUCGCUCGACGAUAUGACGUUCCCCUGUCCGGCGUGCAGGAAUAUAGACACGGACGAUCCGUUGCUGGGAUGCAGAUGCGCUGGCGACGACUGCGGCUGCGGCGAGGAUAAUUGCGAUUGUUCUUCCUCCGUUUCGCGAAAGGAACAAUCCGCGAAGAGCUUCGAAGUGGCGGGAAUCAAGCAUAUCGACAGUGAUGACGAAGAAGAAGUACGAAUGGGAUUCGGAACCAAAAAGCGAGUCGACGAAGUAGCAUCACCAAGGACUAUCCACGACUUGCCAGAACACGUUCUCACAUGUGGCCUGUCACUUCCCGGAUACUCGGACGUUGCCGGGAGACCGGUUAUCGAAUUCGAGGACAAUGUAUCCAUAAGGGAAACCCUUUCCAUUAGAGAGACGUCGUCUUUUCUACUCUACCUCGCUCGUCUACCUAGCUCCGACUGCACAAAAGAUGGCUUCACUAUUUUCAUACGCGGCGAUUCUAAAGAGAGUCUGGAGUUUAUAGACGAAGUAGUGGUCCUGUUGCAGGGCAGAGUCAACGUGGUUCAGACUCUCGUGCUUCGAAAUGCCGCAACAACGGAUGGCCUGAUUGAAUCUCUCUUACCUCUCAGUAAGGUCCAGACCGUCAUCGUGAAUGAUGCCAUUCUCGCAAAGUAUAUUCCCAGACGAGAAGAAAAUCACGACCAGAUGCAAUGGAUCGCUUUUUAUAAGGAAUACGACAGCCUCAUGACGGAGUGGCAAUCGGCUGGUCGCAGAUUAGCCCUCGAAAUGUCGGACCUGAAGGAAUGUACAAGCCUGUCUGGCACUUUGACGCCUCUCGGUCGGCUCCUCACGGACCCCACAUUGAGAAGAACGUCUAGAGAUGCCGAAGAGGCCAUCGCCGCACUCGAGGAACGUGCGGUCCCCCUUCUAUACAUUGAGCACGUUAGAUUGUCGGUGAAACGAGCCCGAAGACUGGUGGAGGAGGUGGGUAAGACUGCCACCAGGCUGGAGUCAUCGUUCGAGUCGCGACGCGCGACUAUCCGCAAUCUCGCGGUUCUGCGGAGCAUCGAGGAUCAAGCACACGAGGUACUAUCGUGGCUUUGCAAGAAAGGCGAAGAUAUUCUGUCGAAGCACGCACAGCAUAUAGCGACGAACUUGACGUCGGCACGUCUUCACGAGCGGGAAUUCGAGAAGUUUUACUUCACGUCGAUGAGACACCUGGACAAGGGAAGCGAUCUUGCCGAGGCGGCGAGCGCAAGCGGACUUCGCGAGCUCGCGAGAUCUUUGAAGCAACACCUACGAGGAUUCGGCUCCCGCUUGGAGGAUAGACGGGAAUAUCUGGAGGACACAUCGAGAUGUUGUCUUCUGCAGGAUCGCGCCUACGAAUGGGCGCAAGAAGCUCGCCUGGCGAGCGAGAGAAGGUCUCAGCAAUUCUUGAUGGCGAGGCCACCUCUACCACCCGAACAUUUCACCGAGAUGAUGGCUCUGGCGGAGAAGCUCGGUAAUGAAGUCCUUCUGGAGCAAUGUCGUAUCGCUCGAAAUAAAUGCGCGGAAGCCCUCGAAGUCGCCAGAACCACAUCCGCUCCGGGAAGUCCUGCGAGGAGAAGAUCUUUCGCCGUUUCCGAGUCGACUUCUUGGGACGACACUUUGGCUAAAAGGACGUCCUGGGACGAUAGCGACAGCAGCGCGUCUUAUGCUUGUCCGAUGGAAAGCGUCGGAUCAGGUGGUAGCGGUGGUCGACCAGUGUUGGACAAUAUCGCUGAACUUCGAGAGAGUGCCGAGCAGCUUCUGGACUGUUCGCCACCGCGUACACCUCCGCGAAGUCCGGCACCACGAAGGCUGGUUAAGCCACCAGUAAACUCGCACCUUCACAGAUCAGCUAGUAUCGCGCCAGGAAUGAAGGCGAAAAAAACAAUACUGCUCAUAAUGAGGGAGAUGAUACAGACUGAACGAGACUACGUGAAGUCCCUCGAAUAUAUAAUAGAGAACUAUAUUCCGGAACUCGUACGGGAGGACAUACCACAGGCUCUCAGAGGCCAGAGAAAUGUAAUUUUCGGUAAUGUUGAGAAGAUAUACGAGUUUCACAGUCAACACUUUCUACGCGAACUAGAGCAGUGCGAGCAAUCGCCCAUGCUGGUGGGACAAAGUUUCUUGCAGGAGAAGAAAUUUUAUCUUUACGCCUUGUACAAUAAAAAUAAACCAAAUUCCGAUUCGCUAAUGGCAGAAUACGGCACGAGUUUCUUCAAACAGAAACAAUUAGAAUUGGGAGAUAAAAUGGACUUAGCUAGCUAUUUAUUGAAGCCGGUUCAGCGAAUGGGAAAAUAUGCUUUGCUGCUUCAGCAGCUGGUCAAAGCCGGCACAGAUUUAUCGGAACAAUUGUCUGGCAAAGAGGAGAAGGAAGAAAAGGAAGACGGUAUGAAACCGAUGGUUGAAGGUGAAGCGGAUUUAAGGGCUGCCGAGCAGAUGGUGCGAUUUCAGCUUCGACAUGGAAACGAUCUUUUGGCAAUGGAUUCACUUCGCGAUUGUGACGUAAAUGUAAAAGAACAAGGUAGACUGUUGCGGCAAAACGAAUUUUUAGUUUGGCAAGGAAAAGGCAAAAAAUGCCUGCGUCAAGUAUUCCUGUUCGAAGAUCUUAUACUCUUCAGUAAGGCAAGAAGAUUUCCCGAUAGGAAGAAUCUUGAUAUUUACAUCUAUAAACAUAGCAUUAAAACGACAGAUAUCGGUUUAACCGCCGUUAUCGCAGAUUCGCCUACAAAAUUCGAAAUUUGGUUCCGCAAGAGGAAACCAGGAGAUACAUACACGUUACAAUGCGCGAGUGAAGAUAUUAAAAAAGCCUGGACUGAGGAACUGAGCAACCUCCUGUGGAAGCAGGCGCUUCGAAACAGAGAAGUGCGCCUGGCGGAGAUGUCGAGCAUGGGUAUUGGGAAUAAGCCAUGUUUAGAUAUAAGGCCUAGUGCAGAUCAGAUAAAUGAUCGCUCCAUCAGUGUGGCUCAACUCUCUAAGACACCUAGAUUUAGAAACUCUAUAGCAGUGUCAAUGACGGAGGACUCCAGUCGUUGCAGCAGAAGGCCGCACAGCGUAAUUUCCGUCAGUUCGUCCUCGAGCAGCGGUGGAAGCAGUGGUCCUCCUACUACGCUUAAUCUUGGGUUAGAUACGAGUCCACGACCGCAUCAUCGUAGUACUACACUGAACAGCCAAUGUAGCGUAGAAAGUGGUAUUAUCGCCGAUAUCUCAAUUGUAUCGGAUGAUGGAGGUGAUGGCACUGAAAGAAGUCAUUGGAAUUCAACUCUGGAAAGUCCUACGUCACAUCUACCUACAACUUCCACUCCACUGCAGUCACCAACCAGCGCAACAGCGGCAACAGUUACCCCUGCUUCCUCGACGGAUACGAAUCUCACAUCUUAUGACCAAGAUAUGUCUAUUAAUCUAUGAACUUUGCUCGACACGAGGAAAAAAAAGUCUAUCAUUGAUUCACUUGCAAGUUUUUGUUACGAUUACAAAGACGUAAUACAUUAUCGUGGCAUAUUUAGAUAAGUAUAAUGAGGUAACAUUGUCGCACGCGUACUGUAGCAUUAGAAUACAUUGUACCCUUGAGCAUCUAUAGUUUAAUGACGUAAAAAUAUAGUUGCAUGCAAUUCGGUAGAUCGCCGCAUUACGCUUAACACGUGUGCCCAGCUACGAACUUGUAAUCGCAUUACAUAAACGUAGAUCUUUAUCUUAAAGUUGCGGAGAUGUGGUACCGAAUUUUAACAUUUUUAACUUUCAAGUGAAUCCGUCUGUGAAUCUAUCUUUUGAUACGCUU